ACAGCAAGGCCAUUGUGGAUGGGAACCUGAAGCUGAUCCUGGGGCUGAUCUGGACGCUGAUCCUGCACUACUCCAUCUCCAUGCCCAUGUGGGACGAGGAGGAUGAGGAAGAGGCGAAGCGGCAGACGCCCAAGCAGCGCCUGCUGGGCUGGAUCCAGAACCGCCUGCCCCAGCUCCCCAUCACCAACUUCAGCAAGGACUGGCAGAGCGGCCGGGCCCUCGGUGCCCUCGUCGACAGCUGCGCGCCCGGGCUGUGCCCCGACUGGGACUCGUGGGACCCCAGCAAGCCCGUGGACAACGCCCGGGAGGCCAUGCAGCAAGCCGACGAGUGGUUGGGCAUCCCCCAGGUGAUCACCCCAGAGGAGAUCGUGGACCCCAACGUGGACGAGCACUCAGUCAUGACCUACCUGUCGCAGUUCCCCAAGGCCAAGCUCAAGCCAGGGGCCCCCCUGCGCCCCAAACUCAACCCCAAGAAGGCCCGAGCCUAUGGCCCUGGCAUCGAGCCCACGGGGAACAUGGUGAAGCAACGGGCCGAGUUCACGGUGGAGACGAUCAGCGCGGGGCAGGGGGACGUGCUGGUGUACGUGGAGGACCCCGCUGGGCACCGCGAGGAGGCUAAAGUGGUGGCCAACAACGACAAGAACCGGACGUUCUCCGUCUCCUACGUCCCCAAAGUCACCGGCGUGCACAAGGUGGGGUCGGAGGGAUCCUGCAACCCCUCGGCGUGCCGCGCCGUGGGGCGGGGGCUGCAGCCCAAGGGGCUGCGGGUGAAGGAGACGGCGGAUUUCAAGGUCUACACGAAGGGGGCCGGCAGUGGCGAGCUCAAAGUCACCGUCAAGGGCCCCAGUGACACAGAGGCGAGGGAGCUGAGGGGCUGCAGGUUGGAUUUGGGGGACGCAGAGGGCAACCCCGUGGACGUCUCUGUCAAGGACAACGGCAACGGCACCUACAGCUGCUCCUACGUCCCCAAGAAGCCCCUCAAGCACACUGCCAUGGUGUCCUGGGGCGGCGUGAACAUCCCCCAGAGCCCCUUCCGGGUGGGCGUGGGGGCCGGCAGCCACCCCCACAAGGUGAAGGUCUACGGCCCCGGCGUGGCCAAGACGGGGCUCAAGGCCCACGAGCCCACCUACUUCACCGUGGACUGCACCGAGGCUGGGCAGGGGGACGUGAGCAUCGGGAUCAAGUGCGCCCCGGGGGUGGUGGGCCCGGCCGAGGCCGACAUCGACUUCGACAUCAUCCGCAACGACAACGACACCUUCACCGUGCGCUACACCCCCCGCGGCCCCGGCGCCUACACCAUCAUGGUGCUCUUCGCCAACCAGGCCACCCCCACCAGCCCCAUCCGGAUCAAGGUCGACCCCUCGCACGACGCCAGCAAAGUGAAGGCAGAGGGACCCGGCCUCAGCCGCUCUGGUGUGGAGCUGGGGAAGCCCACCCACUUCACGGUGAACGCCAAGGCGGGGGGCCGGGCCCCCCUGGACGUGCAGGUGACGGGGCCCGGGAAGGGCGAAGCCGUGCGGGACCUGGAGGUGAUCGACAACCACGACGGCACCCACACCGUCAAGUACACCCCCCUGCAGCAGGGUAAUUUGGGGGUGUCGGUGACCUACGGGGGCGACCACAUCCCCAAGAGCCCCUUCACCGUCGGGGUGGCCCCCAGCCUCGACCUCGGCAAGAUCAAGAUCUCCGGCCUGGAUGACAAGCUGGAGGUGGGGAAGGACCAGGAGUUCACGGUGAAGUCCAAGGGCGCCGGGGGCCAGGGCAAGGUGGGGGCGAAGAUCACGGGCCCCUCGCGCAAGGCCGUGCCCUGCACGGUGGAGCCGGGGCUGAGCCCCGAGAACAGCCUGGUGCGCUUCAUCCCCCGCGAGGAGGGGCCCUACCAGGUGGAGGUCACCUACGACGGCGUCCCCGUCCCCGGCAGCCCCUUCCCCGUCGAGGCCGUGCCCCCCACCGACCCCUCCAAGGUGCGCGCCUUCGGGCCGGGGCUGCAGGGCGGCAAGGUGGGCACCCCGGCCCCCUUCACCAUCGACACCAAGGGGGCCGGCACGGGGGGCCUGGGGCUGACGGUGGAGGGCCCCUGCGAGGCCAAGAUCGAGUGCCUGGACAACGGCGACGGCACCUGCUCCGUCUCCUACUUGCCCACCGAGCCCGGCGACUACAACAUCAACAUCCUCUUCGCCGGCGCCCACGUGCCCGGCUCGCCCUUCCGCGCCCCCGUCCGCGCCCCCUUCGACGCCUCCAAGGUGACGUGCUCGGGGCCGGGGCUGGAGGGGGCCACGGCCGGCCAGCCCGGCCACUUCCGCGUGGACUGCAGCCGGGCCGGCACGGCCGAGCUGACCAUCGGCAUCGCCUCGGAGGCGGGCGCCCGCGCCGAGGUGCGGGUGGAGGACAACGGCGACGGCACCUACACCAUCGCCUACACCCCGCUCAGCCCCGGGGUCUACACCAUCACCGUGGAGUACGGCGGGCAGCCCGUGCCGCACUUCCCCAGCAAGGUCCGGGUGGAGCCCGCCGUCGACACCGCCGGCGUCAAGGUCUAUGGGCCCGGCGUGGAGGGCAAGGGCGUGUUCAGGGAGGCAGUGACGGAGUUUGACGUGGACGCCCGGGCGCUGACCAAAGCCGGGGGCCCCCACGUGAAGACGCGGGUGUCCAACCCCUCGGGGAACGUCACCGAGACCUUCGUGGAGGACCGGGGUGACGGCACCUACCACGUGGAGUACACGCCCUACGAGGAGGGCAUGCACACAGUGGAGGUGAGCUACGCCGGCAGCCCGGUGCCGCACAGUCCCUUCCGCGUGCCCGUCACCGAGGGCUGCGACCCGGCACGCGUUCGCGUCCACGGCCCUGGCAUCCAGAGCGGCACCACCAACCAGCCCAACAAGUUCACUGUGGAGACCCGGGGUGCCGGCACGGGGGGCCUGGGCCUGGCGGUGGAGGGUCCCUCGGAGGCCAAGAUGUCCUGCACCGACAACAAGGACGGGAGCUGCUCGGUGGAGUACAUCCCCUACGAGCCGGGCACCUACAGCCUCAACGUCACCUACGGCGGCCACCAAGUCCCCGGGAGCCCCUUCAAGGUGCCGGUGACGGAUGUGGUGGACUCAUCCAAGGUGAAGUGCGCGGGGCCAGGGCUGACGCCAGGCGUCGUGCGAGCCAACGUGCCCCAGACCUUCACCGUCGACACCAGCAAGGCCGGCGUCGCCCCCCUGGACGUUAAGGUUCAGGGCCCUAAAGGCGUAGUGGAGCCCGUGGACGUGGCGGACAACGGUGACGGGACGCAGCGCGUCAGCUAUGUCCCCUCCCGCGAGGGGCCCUACAGCAUCUCGGUGCGCUACGGUGACGAGGAGGUGCCCCGCAGCCCCUUCAAGGUGAAGGCGCUGCCCACGCACGACGCCAGCAAGGUGAAGGCGAGCGGCCCCGGGCUGAACACGACGGGGGUCCCGGCCAGCCUGCCCGUGGAGUUCACCAUCGACGCCAAGGACGCCGGCGAGGGGCUGCUGGCCGUCCAGAUCACGGACCCCGAGGGCAAGCCCAAGAAGGCGACGAUCCGGGACAACCAGGACGGCACCUACACGGUCUCUUACGUCCCCGACAUGACGGGGCGCUACACCAUCCUCAUCAAGUACGGGGGGGACGAGAUCCCCUACUCGCCCUACCGCAUCCGCGCCGUGCCCGCCGGCGACGCCAGCAAGUGCACCGUCACCGGGGCGGGCAUCGGCCCCACCAUCCAGAUCGGGGAGGAGACGGUGAUCACGGUGGACGCCAAGGCGGCGGGCAAGGGCAAGGUGACCUGCACCGUCUGCACGCCCGACGGCUCCGAGGUGGACGUGGACGUGGUGGAGAACGCCGACGGCACCUUCGACAUCUUCUACACCGCCCCCCAGCCCGGCAAGUACGUCAUCUGCGUGCGCUUCGGGGGCGAGCACAUCCCCAACAGCCCCUUCCAGGUCAUGGCGACCGACCGACCGCUGCUGGGGGUGAACGGGCUGGAUAUGGCCGGGCUGCGCCCCUUCGACCUCGUCAUCCCCUUCACCAUCAAGAAGGGCGAGAUCACCGGGGAGGUGCGGAUGCCCUCGGGGAAGGUGGCCAAGCCCGACAUCACGGACAACAAGGACGGGACGGUGACGGUGCGGUUCGCUCCCACCGAGGCCGGCCUGCACGAGAUGGACAUCCGCUACGAGAACAUGCACAUUCCAGGUGGGGGGGCCGGGGGGGGCCCGUUGAAGCAUCCUGGCCCCAGGGGUGCCGUGACAGCAUCCCACGCGCCACCGUGCGUCCUUUGCGACGCCGCCCCAGGAGGUCUGUCGCUGGCUGUGGAGGGUCCCUCCAAGGCGGAGAUCAGCUGCACCGACAACCAGGACGGGACGUGCAGCGUCUCCUACCUGCCGGUGCUGCCCGGGGACUACAGCAUCGUGGUGAAGUACAACGACAAGCACAUCCCGGGGAGCCCCUUCACCGCCCGCAUCACCGGUGACGACAGCCUGCGCCUGUCCCACCUGAAGGUGGGCGCCUCGGCCGACAUCCCCCUGGAUAUCGGGGAGACGGACCUGAGCCAGCUGACGGCCACCGUCACAGCCCCCUCGGGCCGCAAGGAGCCCUGCCAGCUCAAGCGCCUCCGCAACGGCCACAUCGGUAUCUCCUUCGUGCCGCAGGAGGUGGGGGAGCACCUGGUGCACAUCUCGCGGGGGGGGCAGCCCCUGGCCCGCAGCCCCAUCUCCGUCACCAUCAGCCAGGCCGAGCUGGGGGACGCCAGCCGGGUGCGCGUGGCGGGGCCCGGCCUGCGCGAGGGACGCACCUUCGAGCCGGCGCAUUUCACCAUCGACACCCGCGACGCUGGCUACGGGGGGCUGAGCCUCUCCAUCGAGGGUCCCAGCAAGGUGGACAUCACCACGGAGGAGCUGGAGGACGGGACCUGCCGCGUCUCCUACUGCCCCACCGAACCCGGCAACUACAUCAUCUCCGUCAAAUUUGGCGACCAGCACGUCCCCGGAAGCCCCUUCUCGGUGAAGGUGACGGGCGAGGGGCGAGUGAAGGAGAGCAUCACGCGCCGGCGCCGCGCCCCCCCCGAGGCCAGCGUUGGCACCGCCUGCGACCUCAGCCUCAAGAUGCCGGAGCUGAGCGCCCACGAGGUGACGGCGGUGGUGACGGGCCCCUCGGGGCAGGCGGUGCCGGCGCAGGUGCUGGAGGGCGACGGCGGCGCCUACAGCAUCCGCUUCGUGCCCGCCGAGACCGGCGUCCACUCGGUCAGCGUCAAGGACCGGGGCCAGCACGUCCCCGGCAGCCCCUUCCAGUUCACCGUGGGGCCCAUGGGCGAGGGCGGCGCACACAAGGUCCGCGCCGGGGGGCCCGGCCUCGAGCGGGCCGAGGCCGGCGUGCCAGCCGAAUUCAGCAUCUGGACGCGGGAGGCGGGCGCCGGGGGCCUCUCCAUCGCCGUCGAGGGGCCCAGCAAAGCCGAGAUCGCCUUCGAGGACCGCAAGGACGGAUCCUGCGGCGUCUCCUACGUCGUCCAGGAGCCCGGUGACUACGAGGUGUCGGUGAAGUUCAACGAGGAGCACAUCCCCGAGAGCCCCUUCGUGGUGACGGCCGCUGCCCCCUGCGACGCCGCCCGCCGCCUGACUGUUUCUAGCCUUCAGGAGUCCGGGCUGAAGGUUCACCAGCCGGCCUCCUUCGCCGUCAGCCUCAACGGGGCCAAGGGGGUGCUGGACGCCAAGGUGCACAGCCCCUCGGGGGCCCUGGAGGAGUGCCACAUCACCGAGGUCACCGAAG